GAACAACGUAAGUCUCAAGUCUACACUCUACUGCCCUUUCUAUAAAUGCCCAGACCAGAAAUGCUAUCAUUCAUUUUCUGAAAACGUACUUUAAACAGUACUUUCAAAAGGGAAACCGAAACAUCUGGGAGAUGAGCGACGGAUCGAAGAAGGUCUAUCAGGUUUGCGAAGAGAUCGGCCGGGGAAGAUUCGGUACCGUUUUCCGAUGCUUUUUUCCUGAUUCCGGCGACUUCUUCGCCUUGAAAUCCAUCGACAAGCGUCUCCUCUCCGACUCCGUCGAUCGAGAAUGCAUAGACAAAGAAGCCAAGAUCAUGCAACUUCUCAGCGGCAACCCUAAUGUGGUUCAAAUCGCCGAUGUUUACGAGGACGAUGCGUAUCUUGACAUCGUUAUGGAGCUCUGCGAUUCUUCCGACCUCUUCGACCGCGUCUCCAAACGCAUUUUCUCCGAUGUCGAAGCUGCUGCUAUUAUGUUACCUUUGAUGGAGGGAAUCGCUCAUUGCCACCGGAAAGGUGUUGCUCACCGUGACAUUAAGCCAGGUAACAUACUCUUUGAUAGUCGGAAUCGGCUGAAGCUGGCUGAUUUUGGAUCUGCUGAGAUCUUUCACGACGGAGAAUCCAUGAAGGGGAUCGUUGGGACGCCUUACUAUGUUGCUCCUGAGGUGCUUUCUGGAAGGGAUUACAGUGAGAAAGUGGAUGUUUGGAGUGCGGGAGUUAUUUUGUACAUAAUGUUGUCCGGAAUCCCACCUUUUUAUGGGGAUUCUGUGGCUGAUGUCUUUGAGGCAGUGCUUCGUGCGAAUCUCCGGUUUCCUGCUCGGAAUUUUUACUCUGUGUCGUCGGCGGCGAAGGAUCUUAUGCGGAAGAUGAUUUCAAAGGAUGUCUCCAAGAGAUUCUCGGCCGAACAAGUACUUGGGACAGGGUAUACCUAGCCCUUGAUGGCAAACCAAGGUCAAGGUCAAUCAGGGUCAGGGUCAGAGUCAUCCCAGCCCAACCCUGAAAAAUCAGGGCCAAUUAGAGUGGGUAAGAGUUGGGAUGAACCCUGAAGGGUAGGGCCAAUGUUGAAGUUUUUCGACCCUGAGUCAAGGUCAGGGCGGGUUUGGGCCCAGUUAAGGGGACUCAGGGUUGGGCUAGGGUUCUAAAAAACCCAGCCCAACCCAGUCCUUUUGCAUCCCUACUUAUUGCUAUUAUAUAUUGAGCACUUAGUGAAAUUAAGGAAAAGAAGCUGAAGUAGGUGUUGGUUUUGGAAGGUUCUUAAGAGAACAUAAUUGCUACAUUUGUUUGUAUUUGCUUGUCCCAUGCCAUUACCACAUGC